AUGGCUCCGCCGCCAGAAAUCGCCAUUCCUUCCACCAGCGUCUCCGACGAGGGAUCUAAGAAACCGUAUACACUCUACAAUAUCACACUUCGACUACCUUUGCGCUCUUUCGUCGUUCAAAAAAGAUACUCCGACUUUGAUGAGCUCAACAAAACGCUCACGCAGGAAGUUGGCGCGCCACCACCAGAACCGCUUCCUGCCAAACACUGGUUGAAAUCCACUGUCAACAACGUCGAAUUGACCCGCGACCGCCAAACCGGACUCGAGAAAUAUCUACGUGCGAUCGCAGAGUCGCCUGACCGACGAUGGCGCGACACCUCAGCAUGGAGAACUUUCUUGAACCUGCCCAGCUCGAGCACGACAAAUUCUGCAGUAUCAGCGGGCGGAAUGUCGAGGAAUGCUGCCGCUGGCGCCGCGGAUCCAGGUACAUGGUUGGACAUUCAUCGGGAUUUGAAACAGAAUCUACAUGAGGCUCGACAGUGUUUGUCAAGGAGAGAUGCAGCUGUGGAUAAUGGCAACUCGACAGCUGCAGCGGAAGCAGGCGCGGCGGCCAAGAGAGUCCUCGUCCGCAGUGGAACUUUGAUCGCCACACUCGCCGACGGGCUGCGAAGAAUCCAAGAGUCUGGAAGACUAGGCGAGGGUGAACUAAGGCGUCGUCGCGACCUAGUUUCUCAAGCUCGCAUGGAACGGGAGGGUUUGGAUAAGCUUUCUAACAGCAUGCCCAGCUCAACGGCUGCUGCCGGACGAGGUGGAGUUAGUCAAGGCCAGGCUUCAGCAGCCGAUAAAGCUGGACUUCUAAGGGGAGGCCGUCCCGCCGGUCGUGUUUUGGGUGCUCCUCUGCCAGAGACAGACAAGACACGAGAGCUGGACAACUCAGGGGUGCUGCAGCUCCAGAAGCAAGAGAUGCAGAACCAGGAUCUCGCAGUCGAUCAGCUUACGGCUAUCAUCCGGCGACAGAGAGAGAUGGGUGAGCAGAUACACGAGGAAGUCGAGCAUCAGAUUCGAUACCUGGAUGAGUUGGAUCAGGAUGUCGACCGAACAGGUGCGAAGCUGAAAGUUGCCAACAACCGCAUUAAGAAGAUGUGA